AUGGGAUUUUCAAUUUUCCCCAUCAUCUGCAUCCUUCAUUCGUUGAUUUCAUUAACCACCGGAUCACUGAUAAUGUUUUACCUUAACGAGUUCUCAGUGUUUGGCCAUGGCGCCGAAACGGCUCGGAAGCUUUCGGGUUCAACGCCACAUGACCAAUUGUUGAUUCAAACCUCCAAUUCUUUUGCAGGGCUGCUUCUUUUUGUUAUAGGGUUUUUGUUGUUCAUGGUGGCUUUUGUCAAAGACAGGGAAUUUCAGAGCUUCUUUGCUAAAGGGUGUAUGCUUCUUCAUGUUUCAAUGGCAUUUUGGAGGGUUUAUUUUGAGAGGAGGCUCGAGGUGUUGGCUUGGGACUGGCCUAAGCAAGUCAUUGGGGAUUUCGCUCUUGCUCUUUCAUGGGUUUUCUUUCUGGUUUAUUCUUGGAGGGAGAAGUAUGACUAAACUGAACGUAAAUUGAGUGUUUUGAAUUGAAGAAGUUGGGAAUUCAAGGCCAUAGAAUGUAGUUAGUUACUCUGCUGAAUUCCCCAUAAAUUGUAUCCAAAAUUGUGAGCUUUUCUGGUUGCAAAUUCAGGCUCUCCUACUGUUAGAAUAUGAAUUUAUGAGAAUUGGGAGGGACCAAACAGUUCAACUCAAACUCAUACAAAUAUAUAUGAACAUUAAAUUGUUUUAAUAAAUAUCACAAUCCUUAUUCUUC